UGGCAAUCUAAUUUUCACUCUCACUGCCACUCUUUCGAACGAAGACGUCGCACGUUCAACUCGUCAUCUGCAAGAAUACUAAUCACGGUCUCUACACCAAUCGAGACUUGCUGUUUGACUUCCAUCUUCGGAUGUUUCGAAAUACGCGACCGUCUGUACGAUGAAAUACAACGAAAAGGAGCUCGCCGCGUUGGCAUGCGAAGGCGGGUCUGACAAGGAAGGUCUACUGUAUAAGAAAGGAGGUCAAAAGGGUCAAAGUUAUCAGCCGCGGUGGUUUCGGUUGAAAGGCAAUUUGUUGUUUUAUUUCAAGGCGAAUGAGAAGGGAGUGAUGACGUCGUCUGAGCCGCAGGGAGCUCUGGUGUUGGAGGGGUGUAAAGUUGAGCAGUUUGAGCAUCCCUUGCGGAGACAUUGUUUUUCAGUUGGGUUUGAAGAAGAUGAUGCUUCAAGAGUAUAUUACUUGUCUUGUCAGACAGCUGAUGAAGUUGCCAGUUGGAUGGAUGCUAUUAAGAAAGCGAGUUAUGAGUACAUGAGAUCACGACUUCAUGAACUACAGCAGAGAAUUAUCACAUUGACUGGCAAGGAUCCUCUGGCUGCAGUCAAAGAUGAUUUCCAGCCGGAGUUCUCACCCAAGAUAAAGAGAAGUACAGUGGCUAGAACUAUGCAUCGGAACAGUGCAUUUGUUGCCAGUAAAGCGAUUACGUCUUGUGAUGAGCCUUCUGUUGAGAUGUCUGUGGCUUGCCUCAAUCUUCCAAUGACAAGUACUGGUGAAGGUCCAAGUACGUAUGUUCAUAUUAGGUCUCGCAUGGCUCCAAAAGCAGCGUGGAUGUCUCACUCCAGAACAGAAAUCAUUGAAGAUUGCUCUGAUCCUGCGUAUUUUGCUUCGAUAAUGAUACGUACUGGAGAUUGCACAUCAAACAGUACGAGAUUAAAAUUUUCAGUUUAUGAUGUUAAGAAUCGAGAAGGAGAGAAGCCUCUUCUCAUUGGUGAAGCAGAGUGUGUUGUUGGCAGUGUAGUCAGCACUAACGAAGCUAGUGGACCAGUAACCUUUGAUCUAAGGAGAGAAGGGUUUGCUUAUGCACAAGGACAAGUGGUUAUUGCUGCAUUCCAGACUGAGACGACUAUUCGGAAGCACAGUGCAGUAGAUGUUGAUGGUGACAGUUUGAUGCCUGUCAUGGAUAGGAUAAUCUUUGUCAAGUACCGUCUGCCAACAAGGUCAAAGGACACGCUGAAAGUCGUCGAGGAAAUGGGUGAAAGCUUGUUUGCAUUGCAAGUUCCUUUUGCUUAUCUGAAGAUGUUGAAUAAAGUUGAGCAUCAGGGGACAAAAGAUCUUUAUGAAUUGGGGGAGGUAAAUCAUACUUAUUACAUUUGAUACACUUUGUGUACUCUAAUAUCGAGCAUAGAAGGGCAUCCUCUUACAAAUGAUGGUUAGCAGU